AUGGGAGAACCCGAAGCCGUCAGGCAUGGUGAACAACACACAGCUGCUGCGGAAGUCAACCCCGAGCAGGACGAGCCACCGUCUAUACCGCGGCCCCCGCCCAUACCCAACCCCGUCCCUCAACGGCCUGCCCACGCCGCUCCUGCCUCGGACAUAGGAUUUCUCUGGCAGACCGACCUUGAAAAUGGCCUCUCCAAGGCUGAGGCGCAAGCCCGCCUCGACCGUGAUGGGCCCAAUCGCAUCGAGGGUGCCAAGGGCCUCUCCAUUUGGGAGAUUGUCAUGAGACAGAUUUCCAACAGUCUGACCCUCGUUCUCGUGAUCGUCAUGAUCCUAUCUUUUGCCAUUCAAGAUUACAUUGAAGGCGGCGUUAUCACCGCCGUCAUUCUUCUGAACAUUGUCGUGGGCUUUAUUCAGGACUACAAUGCCGAGCAGACAAUUCAGUCUCUGUACGCGCUGUCCGCCCCGACAUGUAAGGUCGUCCGCGACGGUAUCGCGGAGACUGUCAAGGCAGAUUCACUCGUCAAGGGCGAUCUUGUCAUGAUCGCUGUUGGCGAUGUCGUCCCAGCCGAUCUCCGUCUUCUCGAGGGUAUCAACCUCUCUAUCGAUGAGGCCCUCCUGACUGGCGAGUCGCUACCCAUCAGUAAGCACCCUGAAGCCAUCCUCGAGGAGGAGGACAUCCCUCUCGGCGACCGCAUCAACAUGGUCUAUUCUGCUACUACCGUCACUCGCGGACGCGCUCGCGGCAUCGUCACCACUACCGGCAUGGAGACCGAGGUGGGAAAGAUUGCCAUGAUGCUGCGCACAACCCGCAAGCGAGACGAGAACGCCUCUCUGCCCAAGCGCGCUGUUAUGCGCUUCAAGGCUGCCAUGAAGAGCAUCCUGGGUCUUGAGGGCACUCCCCUUCAGGUCAAGCUGAGCAAGUUUGCCCUUCUACUUUUCGGCCUAGCCAUUCUGCUUGCCAUCAUUGUCUUCUCCGUCAGCAAGUUCGACAUUGAUGACCAGGUCCUCAUCUAUGGUAUUUGCGUCGGAGUGGCCGUUAUUCCUGAGUCCCUCAUCGCAGUUUUGACCAUCACCAUGGCUGUUGGUACCAAGGCAAUGGCGUCUGGCAACGUUAUUGUCCGCAAGCUGUCUUCUCUCGAAGCCGUUGGAGGUGUGACCAACAUCUGCUCCGACAAGACUGGCACGCUUACCCAGGGACGCAUGGUUACCAGGAAAAUCUGGCUGGCCGAAGACACAACUGCCAUCAUUGAGGGCACUACCGACCCCUAUGAUCCGACCAGCGGCACGGUUAGAUGGCCCGGCUCCGCCGCAUCGAGCUCGGCCUCUAGUGGAGCGUCGACCCCGACGGUUGAGAAGACCGACGACACCAUCCAGACCUCUUCUAUGGGCUCAUUUCUCAAGGCUAUUGCGCUCUGCAACAAUGCCUCCGUUACCGAUGGCAAGACGGCUACCGACACUGAGUCCAUGACCACCGCCACCGAGGUGCCCGUCUCAUGGUCCGCUAUUGGCGAGCCCACCGAGAUCGCCCUCCAGGUCUUCGCUAUGCGUUACGGAAAGGGAAAGAACGACCUCGUCUCGUCUGAAAAGACGAAGAUGCUCUAUGAGUUUCCCUUCGACUCCUCGUGCAAGCUCAUGAGUGUUGUCUACGAAUUCCCCUCGGCCCCUCGCCAAGUAUUCACCAAGGGUGCCGUUGAGGUUAUGCUGCAGCGCCUGGCUGAGCCGGAAGCUGUCAAGGCCAAGAUCGCCGCCAAGGCCGACGAGCUUGCCUCCGAAGGUCUCAGAGUCCUCUGCGUCGCUCACAGGUUCCUCGACAGCGACGACAAUGCGAGCGAAAGAAACGAGGCUGAGUGCAAGCUUCGCUUCCUAGGUCUUGCCGGCUUGUACGAUCCUCCCCGUGUCGAGACUCUUGGCGCUGUGAAGCUUUGCAAAACUGCAGGCAUCUCUGUGCAUAUGGUCACUGGAGAUCACAUUAAGACUGCAACUGCCAUUGCCCACGAAGUCGGCAUUCUCACCGGAGGGGAGCAGCCGACAGCUGUUAUGGCGGCUGGUCAAUUCGACGCCCUCAGCAAUGAGGAGGUCGAUGCUCUUCCCGCUCUUCCCCUCGUCGUCGCCCGCUGCAGCCCACUGACCAAGGUCAGAAUGCUCGAGGCGAUGCAUCGUCGCAAGGCUUACUGUAUCAUGACUGGUGACGGUGUGAACGACUCCCCCGCUCUCAAGAAGGCGGAUGUUGGUAUUGCGAUGGGCAAGAGAGGCAGUGACGUCUCCAAGGAGGCAGCAGAUAUGGUUCUCACUGAUGACAACUUCUCAUCUAUCGUCACUGCUAUCAAGGAGGGUCGUCGCUUGUUUGACAAUAUCCAGAAGUUCCUGCUCCAUCUCCUGAUUUCCAACAUUGCCCAGGUCAUCCUUCUCUUGAUUGGACUUUCUUUCAAGGACCGCAGUGGAACUUCCAUCUUCCCCCUCUCCCCCUUGGAGAUUCUGUGGGUCAACCUCAUUACUUCCUCGUUCCUGGCCAUUGGUCUGGGUUUGGAGGAGGCUCAACCGGACAUUCUUUUGCGCGCACCCCACGACCUCGGCAUUGGUGUUUUCACCUGGGAUCUGAUCCGCGACAAGAUGAUCUACGGUUUCUACAUGGGCUCCUUAUGUCUCGCCGCUUUCACCUCCGUUGCUUACGGCCCUGGUGGCGGAGACCUCGGAAGCAUGUGCAACGACGGUUACAACGACACCUGCGGUGUUGUCUUCAGAGCUCGCUCCACCGUCUAUGCCACCCUGAGCUUCCUGCUCCUGGUUACCUCUUGGGAAGUCAAGCACUUCCAGCGCAGCUUGUUCAACAUGAACCCCGAGUUGUGGACCGGUCCGUUUGCUGUUUUCAAGACUGUCUACAAGAACCGUUUCCUCUUCUGGGCUGUCGCUGGUGGUUUCGUAUUGACUUUCCCCGUCAUCUACUUGCCUGUGGUCAACCGUGCUGUUUUCAAGCAUGACAUGAUCACUUGGGAGUGGGGUAUUGUUGCCGCUUGCCUGGUCGUGUACAUCGCUCUUAUUGAGUGCUGGAAGGCCGUGAAGCGCCAUCUCGGUCUCGGCAUGAACCCUCGCGUUCCUGUCGAUCAGGUCUAG